CAUUUCGCGUAGCUUUGCAUUUUUUUGACAACACCUAAAUUCAAUUUACCAUACAAAAAGCACAUAAUUUAUUUCAUGUUCACUACAUUAUUCUCGCUCGCACUUUUACACUUGCCGUUUGUUGUUCUGGGCAAAGAGGUGACGAAUUUUUGCAAAUGCUCGUGCGGGCAAAACUCAACAAUAAUUGAAUUGACGCACUUUGCGCUAUCACAUUUGCCACACGCCAGCAAGCCCAUAGACGUGGGGACACUGAUGCCCAACGUGUGUAUGAACUGCACACGGCUGCUAUGCGGAAUUGCAGAGCCCCAGUUGUGUGAUGGCGCGGCAGUGGAUGAUGAGAUUGUGCCGCUGUGUUUUCAGCGCGACUCGUUGCAGGAUGAGCUUAUUGUUACGGGGUUUUUGGUUUUGGUCGUUGGGCUGCUGGUGUGGGCAGCUGUGCGCAACCAUGUUAAGCCCGUCCUUGACCGUUUGUGGAACCAGUAUAACGGCGUGCCUACUCAACAGCCUGCAUUUUGAAGUAGAUAAAAUUUUUUUUG